UAGAGGAGGAUGAACUUAGAGGCUGGACGCCAGCAGCUGUAUGAGUGAGUAACAGCGACAGGCAGAGAGAGGCUGGUAGUGUAUGAAGAGAGACAGGAUGAUAUCUUAAUUAUAGGUUUCUAUAACUGUCUCCAGACCAAAUUGGAGGGUUUUUUUUCUAGGUAUUUGCUUUACAAACAGCUUUCCUCACAAGUUUGGUUGUGGUUGUUUGUUUUGUAAGAAGAAAUUGUAGAUUAUUUGGAAGAAAAACUGGAUUUGGUCAUCCUUUUACCUGAUUCUUCCAACAAAAACAUCUUUUAUUUUUCAUUUCUAUUUCAAACGAAUACAGUUUUAAAGUUAUUUAAAAUUUUAAAGUAAACAAAAAUUGUCUUUUUCUGUAUAGUACAAAGCAGUGAUUUUUAGAAAUGUCCGCUUAGGCAGCAGACAGGAGACCAUUUUAACUGCACAUCAUUAUGUUGCUGGCUCUGCUUCUGGUUCUGAGUCUUUGCUCUGUGGCCUGCUCCUCUGAGCCGUCAUCAAUAACUGUCCAGUACCGGGUUUGGGAGGAGCAGCCGGUGGGAACCCAGGUCGGCCGGCUGGUGGACGACCUCCGGCAGAGGGACGAAGGUGGUCCCCUGGAGGAUUUCCAGGUAGUGGAACAUGGAAAAGCCCUUCCUUUCUCUGUCAGCGCUCGAGACGGGGUCAUCUCCACCCAAGGCCGACUGGACAGGGAGGAGCUGUGCCGGGGGUCGGACCUGUGUGAGGUGGCCUUCAGCGUCCUCUACAGGAAAAGCGGUGCUGUGAACUGCCUGAGGGUUCGUGUGGAGGUGAUGGACCUGAACGACCACAGUCCCAGUUUCCCCAGUCCACUGCAGGAAGUGGAGAUCUCAGAGACGGCCAGCCUCAGAAUGCGAAUCCCUCUGGACCGGGCUGUGGAUCCUGAUGCAGGGCCCAACAGUCUCCAGACCUAUUCUCUGUCCGUUAACCAACAUUUCGCUCUGGAUGUGACUGUUGGUCCAGAUGGGACUAAACAAGCAGAGCUGGUGGUUAUUAAAGAACUGGAUCGGGAGGUUCAGGCCUCCUUCAACCUCACUCUUGUGGCUUGGGAUAAAGGGAACCCCCCCAGAUCUGGGAGCACAUUAGUCCGUGUUAAUAUUCAGGACUCAAAUGAUAACAGCCCGACAUUUGAGGACAGCAGUCCCACUGUGGAGCUACCUGAGGAUACAGCCCGUGGGACAACCAUCAUAAACCUCAAGGCCACUGACCCAGACCAGGGUGCCAAUGGGGAGGUGGUGUACUCACUCAGUAAACACACACGUGCAGAGGUUCAGAGACUCUUCUAUGUGGAUCCACAAAGUGGAGCAGUGAGUCUCAGAGCACCCUUGGACUAUGAAGCCCACACCUCUUAUGAAGUGAUUGUUCAGGCCCGUGAUCGUGGGCCCAAUGCUAUCCCCUCACACUGCAAACUACAUGUCAAGCUUAGAGAUGUUAAUGAUAACGCACCAAGGAUACACAUGACCUGGACUCCACCCAACUCACCCGUGGCAACUGUGCUAGAAGGAGCACUGGACGACACUUUUCUUGCUCUGGUCAUGGUCUCUGAUGCAGAUUCAGGAGAAAAUGGAAGAGUGAGAGCACAUAUUCAGCAAGGAUCUGGCCCUUUCCGCCUUAAACGGAUCCCCGGUAACAAUUACAUGAUUGUAACCAAUGGCAGCCUGGAUCGAGAAAAGGUUAUGCAGUAUAACAUCACGCUCGUUGCCCAGGAUUAUGGAGAUCCUCCACUGUCUUGUAUUAAACAUCUGCCUGUCCAUGUUCUGGAUGAGAACGACAAUGCCCCAGUGUUCUCCUCCUCCCUCUAUAAGGCUUCCUUCAAGGAGAACAAUGUUGCUGGCUAUCAUGCUCUCAAAGUUGAAGCCCAAGAUAUUGACCUGGACCUCAGUGGAAGAGUGUCCUACUACAUACACAACUCCAAUGAGAUGGAAAGUAAAACACAUACUUUUUCCAUCCAUCCAACCAGUGGUGUCAUAAGCAUCCAGCGCCCACUGGACUAUGAGGAAUCCCAUACCUACUCCUUCACGGUUGAGGCCAUCGACCAUGGUUAUCCGCCUCUCACCAGCACCACCACUGUGCAAGUUGACAUUGAGGAUGAGAAUGACAACUACCCAGUCAUCAUGGAGCCAAAACCCAGAAAGGGUGUGGCCUCUUUAAGUGUACCUGUCAAUGCAGACAAAGGGGAGAUAGUGACAGAGCUGGGGAAUGACAUGGAGGAGGUAUCGACUGCUUUUCCAAUUAGUCAGCCAGUCAGAGAGGGGAUUGUUGGAUUCCUUGCAUCCACCAUAAAGGCAGAAGAUCCAGACUCAGGGCUCAAUGGAGAACUUCAGUACCUCAUUACUGAUGGAAACCCCUACGGACUCUUUUGGUUGGAUCAUGUGACAGGCCAGUUGUUUGUUAACACCACAAAUGCCACUGAGCUCAUCGGGAAAACCUUUAAGGUGGACGUAACUGUAUCAGACAUGGGCACUCCCAGCCUGUCCACCAAGGUGACUCUGGAGGUGACUUUCAUCAACCUCAAGGACCAUCUGAAGAACUCGUCACCUGGUAACCGUGGACAGCUAAGCUUCACCAUGAUGAUGGCGAUCUGCCUGGGUGCUACAUGUUUGCUACUACUGUUGGCCAUUGCUUUGGUGACAACGUUCUGCCGCCCUGAGAAACGAGACAACCGGGCUUACAACUGCAGACAGGCCGAAUCAACCUACACCCGCCAUCCCCGGCGUCCACAGAAGAACAUCAGAAAGUCCGACAUUCAGCUAAUUCCCGUUAUCCGGGGGCGAAAGGAGGAGCCUCCUGAGGAUGACAGUGAAGCCCAGCCACUAGCUCCGCCUCCAGCAAUGUCAGACGAUCAACAAACUGAGCGACAGUACACAUUGACCCCAUCAGUCAUGAACACAGGUUUCCACUCCCAAGGCUACUCAGAAGUGGAUGCCACUCACUCUGUCAACCAUCACUGCAGAACCCUUCGGAAACCUGGAAACAUUGAACUUGAUGGCACUUUGCCUCUGACGCCCGCCACAUCUUACCGGACUCUUCGGAAGGCCAGGAACCCUUCCUCAUCCUCCUCAGUCUCACAUUCAAGCACCUUAAAGCGCCAAGCUCACCCUGAAGGAGCGGAGACAGAGUCGGCCUGUUCAGAGUCCCAGGCGACUCUCAGGAGGCCGAAGACCUCAGAGGGACGAGGGGGGCAUGACGCAGAACACCGGCAGAUGCUUCGAAACCUGGUUCGACUGUCCAUGGCUGCGUUUGGAGACUCCAUCGAGCUUUCCUCAGCUUCUCCAGAGGUGCAGCAGAUCUCCCAGCUCCUCUCCCUCCUCCGGCAGGGUCAGCUGCAGCCAAGGCCAAACUUCCGGGGGAACAAAUAUUCUCAUCGCAGAUAUGGAGGCCAGGACUGUUCUGACUGGCAGAGCACGAAAGACAGUGGACACGGUGAAAGUGAGGCUGGAGAUGUGGACUGGGAACCAGGAAGAGACUCACCCAUAGACCCACAGCUGGAGGAGGGGCUCAGCAACCUUCUCAACAACCCUGAUGACGUCUUCUCAGAGGCCAAUGAUCCGGCCUGGGUAGCUAGACUCUCUCUCCCGCUCACCGGCGAUUACCAUGACAAUGUUUUUGUCCCCAGUGGGCCUCCGUCCACUGAAACUGAGCUUCUUCCCCGGGAUGGCCUGGACUCCUCAUCGUUCUCUACCUUUGGUAAAACCCCAGAGAAGGACAGCCCGCUGGGCGGGGCCCUCCUGUCUGAGGUCAGCACGCUGUUUGAGAUGCUGAUGACGCAGAAGGCUGAUGCCCAUCCGGGCCCUCGACCUGACGUCCUGUACCGACUCUCUGCGGCGUAUCGGCGCUCGCUGGGCCUGGAUGGCACUGCCACUCCCGCUGCAGGCAACGCACCGAGAAGCUCUGGGAACACUGAGAAGAGGUCGGGCCUGGUGGCACCAUCGGGACUGUGUCAAUAAAUGGAACAUCCGUUCACUGAACACUGGAAAAGACUGAGAGCCGACUGAUGCAGCUCUGAACAGGAAGUUACAGAAACUGUGUUACAGGUUUCUGUGACUGACUGAAGUAUAAUGGGAUUUUUGAGGCAUUAACUGAUCAAAUACCUUCGUGAUUUAAAUGAUUGCAACUGUAAAUAAUGCCAUGAUAAAUCUGUAAACAUACAGGAUGUGUCACUUCCAACACCUAAUGUGGUCCAAAGGUGCGUUCGGAGUGUGUGCGGAUUCGGAACCCAGAAGUCAGUGACUCCAAAGGAGGACUCAGACAAAGAUCCGGUGGAAUAAAAAGACAUUUAUAUGCUUUGUUCUUUGAGCAGAGGCUGGUGAGAGGCAGCAAAUCAAAACAAAACAAGGUCAACAGGAAUCACAGGCAGGUGACCACAGUGUGACUGCUAAAGCUACAGAGCACAACAAUACUGAGCGACUAAUGAGGGAAUGAGGAGCAGGUGCACAAGUGGGUGUGGAGGUCAGGUGACUGGAAGUGCCUGGAGCAGAGUGAGGGCAGCUACUGGACAGGUGGAGAAUGACAGGAGAGGUUAGUGACAGCCAGGCGUAGGUAAUGGACAGAACAUGUGACUUUAUCAGGAAGUGAUGGGAAGUCAGAGGUGAAUUAAUCUCAGUAUAGGCUCUGCCAUUCACUGCAGACCGCAGAAGACAGAGGCCCAAUGUUUUCUUGAGAGAUGAGAGAGUUCCGUCUUCAUACAAAUGUCCGUUGAUGCAUGAGAGAGACAGAUAUCUCUCAUUUUCUCCCCGUCACUUCACAAAACGGAGUAAAAAUUUAUCAUAAAGCAGCAAAAGAUGGCUUCUCAGUGCACCAGCGCGACUUUAAUUAGAGAUGUGAUGCACAGACACACGCUGGUCAAGGAAAGAGAUAAGCAGCUAAGUAUGUAAAUUGCACUCACAGAGAGCAGGAUCCUGCUGUUUGUGUUUGUGUGAACAAAUUUUAGCGUUUCCCCAGUUUUCAGCCUUUAACAUCCUUUGUAUGGUUUGUCACAGCCUCAAAUUUUCACUCUGCGUUUAGUGAGAAGCUUUAAAGUCCUGCCGGGGUCUGCAGACCGGUUAUUGGGAGAAUUUUGCUUUGGUCCAAUGAAUGAGAGAGAUGGACAGACUGACUGAUGAGAGGCACCAUCCUUACACCAAUUUAUGAACACAGAUGUGUUGAAAAUCACAGAUCCUGUUAAAGUGGUGCUAAAGCAACGGUUGCAUUUUUACCAUCAGAAACUCAUUAAGCGUCAGGCACUUCAGUUCUGGUUUAAUUAACAGUAAAUGAAAGGAAUCAAUCACAGUGGCAGAAAAGAGACAGAGGAGUCUGUGGAGUGAAAGUGGAUUUUUACAGACAAAGAUUUUAAAGAAAAAGAAAACAGGAAAUUAAAGGAGGAACAAGGCGGGAACUUUAAUAACAAAAAGAACUGAGUUUAAAUGGUGAGUGUGGAAGCUGAAAAUCUUUCUUGUCUCCUUGUAACAGAUUCUCUCUCACCUGAAAGCACAGAAGCUUCAUCUCCAUGUUUCCUAAUAACUCGUUCACGUAGAACAGGAACAGGGCUGACCCCUUUUUAGAUGGAUGAAGUUUGUCUGUCAGGAUGUUAUAAAUCGCUGUUGUUCUGAUUUUGGCGAGCAGAAAGUGAGUCAACAACCAGAAGGAAAUGUUGCUUUGUCUUUAUGUUUUUCCUCAACUCAAAGCAGCAACAAUGAGCUGAAUGAAGGGAAGAGAAGGAGAAGUGUUUGUUGUCAGUAGAACAGCUCUUUAAAGAUAACUGUGUAGGUGGGUUUUCAGGGUGAUUUUUAAAUAUUAACUGUUCAAUCGCUGAUCACAAUAUCUGUCAAUUUGUCUCUUAAAUUAUUGGUUUAACUUUUAUCCAAACUUUGUCCAUUUGUGGCUUUUAUUUACUGUGUUUUGCAAACCAGACGAACAGCACUUUGUAAAUAGUCUUUUGUAAAACGUUUGAAACAUUUUGUACUAAGGAAACUUUUGUUUUGUUUCUUUGAAAGAGUUUUGUAACUUUUUCAAUAAAAUCUGUAUCAUGUUGAA